CCGGUGGCCGCGGGGGGCGAUCCGCGCGCGGUGCGGGUGGCGGAGCAAGCCUGUCGUGGACCCCAGCCCCGGCCGGCCUCUCGCCAGCGUCAUGGCCAGCCCGAGGACCCGGAAAGUUCUGAAGGAGGUCAGGGUGCGGGACGAGAACAAUGUCUGUUUUGAGUGUGGUGCUUUCAACCCCCAGUGGGUCAGUGUGACCUACGGCAUCUGGAUCUGCCUGGAGUGCUCGGGGAGACACCGCGGGCUGGGCGUGCACCUCAGCUUCGUGCGCUCGGUCACGAUGGACAAGUGGAAGGACCUGGAGCUGGAGAAGAUGAAGGUCGGGGGCAACGCCAAGUUCCGGGAGUUCCUGGAGUCCCAGGCCGACUACGACCCCUGCUGGUCCUUGCAGGACAAGUACGAGAGCAGGGCCGCGGCCCUCUUCAGGGACAAGGUGGCCACCCUGGCUGAAGGCAGAGCGUGGUCUCUGGAGUCGUCGCCUGCCCAGAACUGGACCCCACCCCAGCCCAGGACGUCGUUGGCCACUGCCCACCGGGCCUCCGGGCAGACUCAGAACGUGGCCGCAUCCGCAGACAAGGCCUUCGAGGACUGGCUGAACGACGACCUCAGCUCCUACCAGGGGGCCCAGGAGAAUCGCUACGUGGGGUUUGGGAACACGGUGCCGCCUCAGAAGAGAGAGGACGACUUCCUGAACAGUGCCAUGUCCUCGCUCUGCUCGGGUUGGAGCAGUUUUACCACCGGAGCGAGCAAGUUUGCCUCAGCGGCUAAGGAGGGCGCUACAAAGUUCGGAUCCCAGGCCAGUCAGAAGUUUUGGGGUCACAGGCAGCAGCCAGAGCCGGCCUCUGAGUUGGGCCACAGCCUGAACGAGAACAUUCUCCGACCAGCUCAGGAGAAGGUGAAGGAGGGAAGGAUUUUUGACGAUGUGUCCAGUGGGGUCUCUCAGUUGGCGUCCAAGGUCCAGGGAGUGAGCAGCAAAGGCUGGAGGGACGUCACCACCUUCUUUUCUGGGAGAGCAGAGGAGAGCUCCCAGAACAGCGGUGGGGACGGCGUGCAGGGCAGUGCCCUGGACCAGAGCUUCUGGGAGACCUUCGGCAGCCCCGAGCCCCCCAAGGCCAAGUCCCCAAGCAGCGACAGCUGGACCUGCGCCGACGCCUCGGCCGAGAAGCGGAGCUCGGACAGCUGGGACGUGUGGGGCUCGUCCGCCAGGAACAGCAACAGCGACGGCUGGGAGAGCGGCGAGGGCGCCAGCGGCGAGGGCAGGGCCAAGGCCGCCAAGAAGGCAGUGCCGGCCCCCGCCGAGGAGGACUGGGACAACCAGAACUGGUAGGGCGAGCCGCAGGCGCCCGCCAUUGUGCACUUUGCCCCAUCCUCCUCCUCCCCUUUGACCCCAGAACCAGCGACUGUCUCGGGGGACACCGGGCUCGGCACCGCCUGCCUGGCAUGGAGCGCCUCGGCGCGUGGGCAGGCGUCCGUGCGUCCCCGCUGGACCCAGAGCGGCCCUCGGACUCCGUGGGGCUGGGCGCGAGGCCCCGUCGCGGGCGGCCCCGGGGGC